UCGUGCCAGACGCCAGUGCCCACUGCCCAGACGCCCAGUGGCCUGUGCGUACGCCGCGUACGGUGUGCCGCAGAACCGCAGUGCUUAAAUAGCAGUCAAGCUGACCGGUUGUGUGCGUGUGCAUGGUGCAUCAAUAAUAACAUAAAAUUUACGUAUACAUCGAUCAAUCGUUACAAUCUUUAAAACAUGAAUACAUAACUUCUCAGUACAUAUUUAACUGUUUAUAGUUUAUAAUAUAAUAUAUGUACCCCUACACUGCAGUAUAUACUAUAUGAAAAUUUACGUGGAUGUGAAAACCCUGACAAAAUGAUUGAAUGGCCGUGGCUGAUGAUUAUACUGGCUCUCAUUAGCACGGUUCAAUGGCCCAAUUCGACAGCACAACACACAAAAGGCUAUAAUUAUUCAUACUGGGAAGGGUAUGUAUGGUCUUCUGCAAGGAAUAGGCCGACAAGAACAAGUUUUUUUGAUCAAGAUACUACUGUAACUACAGCCAGCACGAUAUCAAGUUUUAAGGAGGAUCAAAAAUAUGAAUCUGUUAUUAAUAUUAAAAAUAUAAAUGUAAGAGAUUUACCACUAUCAAACUUGACAAAAUCGUUAUUUAAAAAUGAAAAUACAACCAAUAAUACCAAUAAGCAACUCAGCACCGGUUUAAAAUUACCUCAAACAAAACCUUCACCAAUUGUUUUUCCAAAUUCAAUAAAUGAAAGAUUGCAAUCAGCCAACAAAUUUGUGCCGGAACCACAGAUAAUCGAAAAAUGUUCACAGAACGAAAGCUUUUGCAUCAAAGUUGAUAAUUAUCCAAGACAUGAAUUAUUCAAUCUUUUUAGAACUAGCAAAUAUAUGUCAACUUCUUAUUUUGGAACAGAUACUGUAAAUGAAAUAAAUGAUUUGGAGACAAGAUUAUCUAAUAGUAACCUUCAACCAUUCUGUGAAUCAAAAGAAGAUGUAAUAUUUCCGGAAGCAGGUAUAACAAAAAACAAUGAAUGGCGUUAUAUUAUACAAGAUCCAAGUAAUGAUAAUACCAGUUUUAAACAAGGAAUUCGAGUGGAGAAAUGUAUAAAUGCUGGAACCACGUGCAAAUUUAAUGAUCUUUUACCAAUUGGAUACACAACAACUUGUGUACAAAAAUAUAUCUAUAAAAAAUUAGUUGCCAUUAAAGAUUCUAAAGAAAUAUAUUAUGAAAGUUUUAAAUUGCCGUCCUGUUGUGAGUGCAUGUAUAGUAUAAAUCCAKAUCUAUUAACAAGAAAAGGUGGACUGAGUGGAGAGUUAGAUAGUCGAAGGUUGUAUCAGAAUCAAUCAGAAACUUUGAAAAGAAACAAAGAUGUAAUUAACAAGAAAAAUUAAUAAGGUUAAGAUACAUACACAACAAAUAAAGUAUAUUUUAAUCUGUAUAACGAUAUAAUGAAAUUUUAUAAUAAUGUAAAUAUUUUAUGUACUCUUUAUUAAAUACAUGGUUGAUAUAAUUAACA